UAAGUGGACUAUAAGAGGAUUUACUCCCAUCAGAUGCAAACAGAUUCCCAGUAACAAGCAUCAAGCAGCCGAGAUGGUGUCAAAAGUGAGGAUGUUCAUUUUGCUGCUCUGCGUCAGUGUCUUUGUGGUUUUGAGGGAACGUGUGGCGGAAGUGUCUUUGGAGAAUUUCUCCCCUUUCCACAACACAAGCCCCUGUGCCUGUGGGAAAUGUUUAUCAGAGGAUGAUGUGUGGUUCAUGCAGCGUUUCAACAAAUCUGUUGAGCCAUUUUUGUCAGCAAAGCACAGUCUCUCUGAGGCGGCGUUCAGGUGGUGGAAAGGCAUACAGCUUGAAAAACGCAACUUCACUUACUACAGUGCAACAGUGGACAACCUGUUUAAGACGUUCCCAGCCACUCCAGAUGUAGAGGCCAGCUCUGACCGCUGCAGGACUUGUGCUGUGGUGGGGAACUCUGGUAAUUUGAAUGGAUCACGUUAUGGACCUCUGAUAGACUUCCAUGAUGUUAUCAUAAGAAUGAACACUGGCCGUACCAAAGGCUACGAAGCAGAUGUUGGGAAAAGAACGACUCAUCAUGUCAUGUAUCCAGAGAGCGCCGUGGACUUGGACAACACCACUCAUCUUGUGUUGGUUCCAUUCAAGAUACUGGACCUGGAGUGGCUCAUUAAAGCCUUCACUACGGGGUUUUCUGGAGCGUCCUACAUGCCAGUAAAAUCACACAUCAAAGCCAACAAGGACUUGGUGAUGGUGGUCAAUCCAGCUUUCAUGAGGUAUGUUCACGACACAUGGCUGGAAAAAAAGGGCAGGUAUCCGUCCACUGGCUUCAUGGCUUUGGUCCUCGCCCUGCACAUUUGUGACGAGGUCAGUGUGUUUGGCUAUGGAGCGGACAAAGAUGGAAACUGGAGUCAUUACUGGGAAAAACUGAAAAAACUAAAGUUAAAAACUGGAGUACAUCCUGGAUCUCAUGAGUAUGACAUCAUUAAGCAGCUAGCUGAGAAUCAGACAGUCGGGUUUUAUACAGGGUGGUGAUCUGUCUGUCAGCUUUGAUAGAAAAUUUUUGUAAAGCAAAACAAGACAAAGGAGAACGGCCCUUUCAACUCAAGUGACAGCUCUGCUCCUCUUCCUCCCUAACAAUGCUAACUUUUAGUAGAUUAAUCCUGUGUCGAAGAAAAGUACAGAACCACAUGGUAAAAGAAUAGACUCAUUCUGUGACAAAAAAAAAAAAGUUUGUUGAGUCUGUUAAAUAAUUGAAGUAUAGGAAACAUUUCUUCCGUGACUUCCUCCGUUUGCCCACAGUUUCAGGGAAUAGAUAAACACAUUUCUGUGGCUCGCAUUUCUCAGGCAGAGGUCACCUUUGAAAGAAUGAAUAUUUAAAUGUGUUGCGGACCAGUCAUGGUAUCCAACACAAAUCUGUGAGAUCCACAUUAUUUUAUGGAUCUGCACCAAAUUGUACAGAUUCAUUGAUCUCGACUGCAUAGAUAAGUCAGAUUUUUUUCUGACUUAAGGGGUAGAUUCCUGGACCUGCCCCUGUACUGGCACCAGCACUAAAAUUUAAUGGAUUCUUCCCUGUGCCACAUCCCUCCGCCAAGUUCACUGCAAAUCGGGUCGGAACUUUUUGUGUAAUCCUGCUGACGAAACAAACAGUAUGGAGGAUCGUCCUUGUUGGAUGUAAUGAAGAUUUUCUCCCUGACAAGACAUUUUUUUAAUGUUGCUUUAUUUAUACUUCUAUCCUCAAAUGAAAAAAUGUACAGACCCCUUUUGUUUUUGCCUUUUUUCUUCUUUUUUUUUGUACAAAGCAAACUACAAUUGUAAUAUUAGUUUCUUAAUUUAUAUGACUUUUUAUCAUCUGGCAAAUAAUAAAGUAUGAUUAAAUUGUCAUCAUGAUUUUUUUUCUUGGAUU